ACAGGUGAGAGGGGAGUGAGGCAGCUGUCAACUGCCGGUCGGCGCGGCUCUCAUAGCCCAUUGGGCUGGUUCUGUGAGGCACUGGGUGUGGAGCUCAGACGGCAUGGAGCCGAUCAAACUGCAGUGAAAGUCCGACUGACUGCUGGUCAUUAUUGACUGUCGGGGGACAGGGUAUAAGCUGGUGUCUGCAUCUAUUUAAACAGUGUACAUCCCACUAUGAGGUAUGUCAGAAAUGGAGGGCACAGGGAUGACAGAGGUGCCUGUGGAUGAAGAACCUGUGGCUUCGGAAGGAAGUGUUGCAGCUGUUAGGGAAAAAGAGCGCAAACAAGAUGUUGAAUUAGAACAGCAAUCUGAGACUGAAAUUGGCAAGAACACUACAGACAAUGCCCAAAAUGAGGCAUGUGGGUCUGCUGAUUGCAUUCCUGAAAGCAGUACUAGUAAAGGGAUGGAGUCAGUCAGUAUGACAAGAAAAAGACCAGAGUCAAAGGGAUCCGGCCAACAUGGGUUAACUGAACAACAACCCUUGGGAGUUGCUGACAAAGCGCAAGAGCUCUCUAGUCAAGAGGCAGGAAGUUGGGGCUACUGGGGAAAUUGGGGAAAGUCACUGCUUACUACAGCAACAGCCACAGUUGCAUCUGUUGGUCAUGGGAUUUCCCAUGUGAUUGAGAAAGCUGAGUUGUCUCUUGGGAUUCCCAGCCCCACAGAAGCUUCAGCAGAAGUGAAAGUGUCUGAUGGAGACAAAGCAGAAUUGGAGAACUGUAAGGAUAGCCCGAAAGCUGAGAGCGAAACCUCCUCUCCAACUGGUGGAGCAUUUGGGAUGUUCUCCACCAUCACUAGUGCAGUUCAGAGCACUGGGAAAACUGUACUAAGUGGUGGUUUGGAUGCGCUUGAAUUUAUUGGUAAAAAGACCAUGGAUGUUAUUGCAGAAGGAGAUCCAGGAUUCAAGAAGACAAGAGAACUAAUGUACAGAACAACCACAUUGUCUCAGGUUCUGCGAGAGGCAAAAGAAAGAGAACAGCAACAAACAGCUGAUGAGGUUUCUGUGGAUACAGAAAAGAAAGCUCAUUAUGGAAUGUUGUUUGAUGAGUUUCAAGGUCUAUCUCAUCUGGAAGCUUUGGAGAUUUUGUCAAGUGAGAGUGAAGUAAAAGUUAAAUCAGUACUGAAUGCCCUGACUGGAGAAGAUUUGGAAAAAUUAAAGGAGGAGUUGGCAGCUAUUAAAGAAGCCUUUUAUUUGGUUGAAUUUGAUGAUGAGGAUGAAGAAGAGCAUAAAGGGGAUGAUGGGUCUGGAUUUGUGAAAGAACUGUCUGAUUUAUUAUCGGAGCUGAAUAUCACUGCAACGCCUGACAAACUGGGCAAAGCCAGAAAGCAUGCACAUGAUCGUUUAAUUGAAGUGAAUUUUAUCUCGCCUGUGCAAAUAGAAGAGAUUUCAGAAGAUCUAGAGAAGAAAGGACAGAGUGAAGGACCUGAUGACUUGAGCAAAGAUCACAAAUUUUCAAUUGAGAAUAUCCAUGCAUCUGCUAUCAGAAGCCUGGCGGAACUCACUGCUCGAUCCAUUGAACAGUUCCAUAAAGUGGCAGUACUCAUUCUUCACAGUCAGGACAAAGAUGCAGGCACAUUGGACCGUGCCAAAACUCUGUCAAAAGUGACCAUUGUCUUAUGUAAGGAAGUGGCUGCUCUUUCUAAACAAUUUACCUCCUGCCUGACAAGAAUGGGGGUUAAAGAGAAGGUAGAGGUUCUUAAUCCAUUAAUUACUGGAGUAUUUUUGGAGGCUUCUAACAGUGCAACUUACAUUCAGGAUGCAUUCCAGCUCCUGCUUCCAGUUCUUCAAAUGUCUCAAAUCCAGAUUCGCUUGGACACCACUACACACUGACUGGCUUAAUUUACUUGUCUGAUAUGAAAUCUUCAUGAAUUUUAUGCCAAAAACUUACCUAGCAGUGUGGAUUAUUUUAGGAUGCAUUUUGCAACAAUCAGAGUUAUGUUAGUCAUGGAUUCUGAGGGGAGGUGAAGUUCAACGGAGGGAAGAAGAAAAAGUCCCCCCUCAGAAUAAAAAGCUUCAAUGAAUCAAUGAAUCCAGCUUUUAAAAAAAAAAAUGUUUUCUCUCUUCAGUCCCAUUUCUGCAAGAAUGUACCAUGAUAUUCAGAUAUUAAAGUCCAGCAUAUGAUCUGAUGCUCAGAUUUUCUUAAAAUCAAACCUUUUGUCUUUGAGUGACAGCUUCAUGCUCCUUGUAAUUAAUUGCCUCUAAAUUUAUUUUUCAGCACCCAGUAUAAAGUAAUAGCUAUACAUAACAAAAGUUAUUUUCAUUAUUAUCUUUUUACAGUAUGAAAUAUUAAUUUGGCAUUGCUAUAUAAAUUAUGAAGUGCUGUCUGUACUUGGGUAAAAGUAAAAUUUUUGAGACCAACUUUUUAGGCCUAAAGUCAUCAGCUAAACUUUUAACACGGGUAACUUUUUCGAGGGGUUGACUUGUGCUUGAUUUGGGCCUAAGUGAAAUCUAAAAUAGACCAUCGUAAUGGAAUAAAGUAAAAAAAAAUUUAAUAACAUUAAAGCCUUCGUAUUAUUAACUAACAUUUAUUUAUUUUAUAACAUUACAAACCAUAAAUAAAAACAAAAUUUAAAUGUAUAAAUGUUUUAAGCAUUUACAAUGAAACCAAAUCAUUAAUAUCGUCAGGAUUAUACUUUGGUUUUGAAAUUGUUGGGCUUUGUUUCCCUGAAAAACUGGGGUCAACUUUUACGGGAGGUAUAUGAAAAAUUACAUUUUUCAGGCCAAAAUUAUGGGGUCAACUUUUACAUGAGAUCAACUUUCAUGCAAAUAUAGAUGGUAAAGGAGAAUGCAUGAAAGUGACCGAACUGUAGAAAAAUACUGUGCCACCAGUUUUUUUUUGUUGUGCCAGGCUGACCAUUUAACUAAAUGCACUUUUAGGUAAUCUGUAUUUUCUUAUCGUGUACCUCAAAUAUUUCAAAGAAAUGCAAUGAAUUACUUUGAAUUGACAUGUAGAUAAAUACAAAAUCCAUGCUGAGAGAAGUUCAGGAGAGCAUUGUCCAUUUUUCAUUCAGAUGAGUUGUUAUACCAAGGUCUGAUCUGUCUGAUUCUAUAGUUCAAGCUCUCAUAGCACUAUUCAAAGAGCAGCAGGGAGCCAUGUCAGUUUCCUGGCUGACAUUGUUCCUUCACCAAUACUUUUAAUAGAUAAGCUAGUCUCUCACCUUGUUGUGCCACAGCAACUGCAGUUCAUUAUACUUGAAAUGCAAUGGCACAUUGACUGGCUUUUGAUUGAAAUAUGCGUUUUGUGGUAUGUCUCUAUGUAAGACAAGAAAAUGCAAGAGGUUGUUUUUACAUAACCUAUAUUGAUAUCAACCCAUAAUUAGGAUAAAGUAUAUUUGUAACAGCAACAUUAAACUGUUAUUUGCCCCCUUCCAACAAAGGAUAAAAAGGCUUUUGAGUUUUGAAACCUGUUCUUUUGCUGCUCUGUUGUCUAGUUAUGCAACACAUUUAUACUGUAUUGUCUUAAAUUGAGCACCAAUAAAUUAUUCAACUACAACUGCAGCAGUAUUGUAUAUAUGCAUCCAGAUGUUGGAUGAUACUUCAUUGUCAGUUAUUUGGGUUCCUAUUCAUUAGCUGUUGCAAAUUAAAGUGGCUGGUUCCCUUAACUGAGCCCAGUAUUGCCUGGAGAAAUUUGUAUUUACUUAACCUUACUUUCAAUUUCAGGAAGUUUGUGGUCGCCAAGGAAUGCAGGGAAAUGCAAAACUAUUUCAUUUAUUAUAAAUAUUUUGCAUUUUCAUUUAAUGUCUGUCAUACCUAGUGAUGAUGUAUGUUUCCAUGGCUUCAUUUGUUUCCUUUGUAAACAAAACACUAUCAGAACUUCAUGAUUUAUUGGACUUUAUCUUGUUUUCAUGACUUUCGAGAAUCCGUUCUUCAUGACUUAAAAAAAUGAUUGCUUCAAAUCAACUUAUUUAUGUUCAACUUGUAAAAUGGAACAUUAUGUAAAAUUCUUUUUUGUAAAGCUUUUUAUAUUACAAAUGGAUUGUGGUAAUCAGGAAAUGAUAAAUUUAUUGGGGCUUAUCUAGUUUAUUAGCCAUUACCCAGUAAUAAUGUGCAAAAUAUGCUUAGCGAUAAGUCACUGAAUGUAGAAUUUAUUCCAUGAGCAAGUGUCAUUGAAUAAAUCAGUUGUGUGCUGGUUA